CAGAAACAGACGCAAACAACUGAAAGAGAUCGUUUGUGCUUUAGUUUCUCGUUGUCCAAUUCAGCACCAAGGACAGCGAUCAAACCUCCAACUCCAGCCUGAAGCAACGACGUAGUGCAGUAUCUGGACCCGACGCAAUGAUGAUCCGGCUCAGCUCCCACUUCCUGACGCUUUUCGCUCUUCUGAAUGUGUUCUGCUCCCGCACAUCGGGGUUCCCGGCCCUCGGAACCUACUCCCACCUGGGGCUGCGAAAUGCUGUUGGUUUCGAUGGACAGUCCAGUGAGGAUCAGUCACAAUCACCAGUGGGAGCUGAUAGUGGCGUUUACCAAAACCCAUUGUCAGACAGCGACAAAGUCUAUUACCAGUUCUCCGCCAGCAUGCCAAGAGCAAAACGACAUUCAGACGCAAUUUUUACCAAUGACUACAACAAACUGCUUGGUGAAAUAGCUGCUAGGAUAUAUCUGGAAUUACUGAUGGGGAAAAGAACCCAGGAUGAGAAGAACACAAGCAAACGUCACGAUGAUGGUAGUUUCACCGAUCUGUACUGAGGGAGAAGGCAUUGAACGACUUUAUCAAUCAGCUGAUAAAUGGAGAGCUACGCCUGCAAGAUGCAAACUCAGCCAACCCCU